AAGGUGGAGGAUGAGCUGGUCGCCCUGCAGAAGAAGUUGAAAGGAACCGAAGAUGAACUGGACAAGUACUCGGAGGCGCUCAAAGAUGCCCAGGAGAAACUGGAGCAGGCUGAAAAGAAGGCGACCGACGCCGAAGGGGAGGUGGCAGCUCUGAACAGACGUAUCCAGCUCGUGGAAGAGGAGCUGGAUCGUUCCCAGGAACGACUGGCUACAGCCCUGCAGAAACUGGAGGAGGCUGAAAAGGCAGCCGAUGAGAGCGAGAGAGGAAUGAAGGUUAUUGAGAACAGAGCAAUGAAAGAUGAAGAAAAAAUGGAGAUUCAGGAGAUGCAACUGAAGGAGGCUAAGCAUAUCGCUGAAGAGGCCGACCGCAAGUACGAAGAGGUUGCCCGUAAACUGGUUAUUUUGGAGGGUGAACUGGAAAGAGCUGAAGAGCGUGCGGAGGUGUCAGAAGUUAAAUGUAGUGACCUGGAAGAGGAAUUAAAGAACGUCACUAACAACCUGAAGUCACUGGAAGCCCAAUCUGAAAAGUACUCGGAAAAAGAAGAUAAAUACGAAGAAGAAAUCAAGCUUCUGUCUGACAAGCUUAAAGAAGCUGAAACACGUGCUGAAUUUGCAGAAAGAACAGUUGCAAAACUGGAGAAGUCCAUUGAUGACCUGGAAGAUGAGCUCUACGCUCAGAAGCUCAAGUACAAGGCGAUCAGCGAGGAGCUGGACCACGCGCUCAAUGACAUGACCUCUUUGUAACGCGCCGCCGGGCCGGGACUCACUGCCCUUCUCGAGCUUUUCUUCCCUCUAAGUCCUGCCGCCUCUGCGCA